UCAGUGCUGGCCUAGCCUUGCCCUACUGGGAGGGACAAACACCCACUGCUGACACACGCAGGGAAGGGCAAGACUGUCCUGAAGGUCAGCAUCCUCGCCUGACCCUGUGACCCCCUCCUUCCCCCAGGCCAGCCAGCCUGCAGUGCAGGCUUCCACUUCAUCCACCCCGAUGCCACCUUCCGAGCGUCCUGAGUGGACAUGGCGCAGGCUGGGGCAGCUGGCUGUCAUCUUUGUUAAAAUUCUUCUCCGAACACUCCCGAGAGUGGCCUGCUGAAGAUAAACUACUGGGAGAGAGGCCUUCAAAGGGCGUACUUUAAUGAUGCAAUUAUCUUCCGUCAACUCAGAACAUCUUUAUUACAUUAGAAAGGGGCAAUCCAUCUUGGAAUACAGAAAGAGCUGAUCCUGCCACAGACACCAGGCCUGGCCCUGGAGCGGCCUGAGGGCCCCUUUUAGACAUGUUUCUAAAUUUGCAUGGAGAAAAAAAGCUUUCUAAUUGAAUUUCUCUGGCUGAGCUGGACAGUUAAACUGUUCCCAAAAGCUGGAUUUCAUUAAAGCAAAUUUGUUUUUUCAAAAAUAAACAUAUAUCGAUUUAAGUUGCUAUUUCUGUGGUCUAGGAUAUUAAUCGGACAUAGAGUCGUUACCCGCAAACCGGUCUCAGGACUCAUUCUAAUGCUCAGCGCGGUUCUUGCCUUCAGGGAGAGCCGGCACAGCGGCGCCUCGUCUGCAGCUCCCAAGAAGGUUUUUAAACCAGAGAUUGGUCCAACCAAGGACGGUCUCUGUCGGGCCUGGCUCCUCCUCCUGCGAGCCCAGGGUGGGGCCCUGUCUCCGCCUCGGUCCGCGGGUGCCUACCGGGAGCGGCCCCUCCGGGCUGGGGUCGGUGGGAAGCCCGCGCCGCCCAACGCCCCUCUCAGCGGGGCUCGUCCCAGGUCCCAGGUCGGAAGUUCCAGGUUCCGGGAGGAUUCGGCCGAACAAGUGCGGAGCGGGAGAGGCUCUCGGUGAACCGCACACCCAGAGGCGGACUCCGCGCUCCCGGCCAGGAACGGGCCCGCCUGUGUCCCAAGCCCCGCGUCGGGGGCGGGAAAGAGGGCGGCCGCCGCUCCCUUCCCCACCGCCCCGGCUCGCGCCCAGGGACCUCCGACGUGCUCCCGGCUGCGCCUAGGGCCGCGCCGUGUGACGCCCGGGCAGUGCGAGGGGCUGCCCCUGCCCGGGAGGGCGCUCGGCCGCUUCAGGUGCCUGAAAAGCCACCCAGGGCCAAGGGCACCGCAGGCCGACUUCAAGGCGACGAAAGCGGAGUCGUCAGUCGGGACGCAGAAUGCGUCACUUGUGGCCCCCAGGGUUCGGAGAGAGUGCCUGAGCCGAGGCAGGCCCGCGCUGAGGGUUCCGGCUCCGGGCUAGGGCGCAGCGGGAAGAGCAGCCGGCAACAGACGGAGGGACGACACUGCGGGGGGCGCUGAGCUCUGGGCGUCGCAGGAUCCGCGCGCGGUCAAGGGCCGCUGCUCCGCCUGCGGCUCCGCCAGCCCGCGCCCGCCGUCGGCUCCUCCGGUUGGGGAGGCUGGGGCCAGCUCUGCGCGCUCCCCGGGUGCCCCAGCCGCCUCCUGGGCAGGAGAACGUGGGCUGGGCCUGCAGCUCUCGGGGAGCCAGCGGCGUACCCUAGGAGCCCACUUGCGCGCACCGGGAGAGCUGGGGCCGAGGGUUCACGGGUCCCAGGCGGCCAUCCCGCCCCUCCCUGUCCGUCCCGCCCCCUCGGGGCAGUGAGGCCAAUGGACGCCUAGGCCCACGUGGCCGCGGCCGCGACGAUUGGACAGCGGUGCAUGAAAGAAGCACCGCCUUUUUAUAGGACACCACGGGCUAGGGCGCCGCCAAGUCCCGGGCAGUCGUGCCGCGCGCUGUCCCCGCUUCGCGCCUGCUGGGCCCCGGCAGCCACGCGCCCGGCCUGCGCAUGGCCCCGGCGUCUCUCAGCAUGAACCCCGCUAGGCUCAGGACGUGCGGUAGGGUCCUCGCGGGGUCCGGCUCGCUGCCCUUCAGUGUCGACUCGCUGCUGGAGGCAGAGCGCGGCCUGGGCCGGGAGCCCCCGACGCCCCGGGAGGAGAGGCCGCGGGGCGCCGCGGAGCCCAGGGCCUGGUUCCCGCCGGCCGCCCGCUCGUCCUCCCCACGCGCCCCCAGCCCUCCACCGUGCACCCUCCGAAAACACAAGAACAACCGCAAGCCGCGGACGCCCUUCACUACGGCGCAGCUGCUGGCGCUGGAGCGCAAGUUCCGCCAGAAGCAGUACCUGUCCAUCGCGGAGCGCGCCGAGUUCUCCAGCAGCCUGAGCCUCAGCGAGACGCAGGUCAAGAUCUGGUUUCAGAACCGCCGGGCCAAGGCCAAGCGGCUGCAGGAGGCCGAGGUGGAGAAGCUGAAGCUGGCGGCCAAGCCGCUGCUGCCCUCCUUUGCGCUGCCUUUCCCCCUGGGCGCCCACCUGCCCGGCUCCCCUGCCGUGUUCGGCGGCGCGGCGGGCGCCCUGCCGCAGGUGCCAGGACUCCUCGCCGCGCCCGCCGCCUACGGCGUGUAUUACCUGUCCUAGGGCGGUCUGGACGCGCGCGGCGAGCCGGGCUGGGGUCGGCUGCGGACGGAGGGCGCAGGGCCUGCGAGGCGGGGCGGGCGAGCUGCGCCGGUCCGGCCGCGUACUCGUCCACGCGGGGAUCUGCUGCUCCAGGUGACCUCCCAGCGGUUCCUGUUCUUUUUGUUGUUAAUACAGUGUUACAAUGGA